AUGUGCGACGCGUUCAAGCCGAGCUGGGCCGCAUAUGCCAUCGCCCUGGCCCUUCCGCCCAUGGCGACCGCUUUGCUCCCACCGAUUCCUACGGCAACAAUUCGACCUCACGGCCACCUGCUCCCAGAAGGCCCCCAACCAACGGCUUCGUUCGACGACGACGAGUUCCAUGCGGCUGUACGACGCCAAGUCAGUGAUCCAUCAACGUCGGCUGUCUUUCUCUCUACCUCAUUUGGACCUGCCAGCCUAUGCGGCUGGGUUGACGGGGAAGUUGGCGCCGAUGUAUAUUGCAAUAAUGACGAGAAAUGCGUUUUUCAUCCCCCAAACACCGCUUUUGGGGGCAUGGGUGGAUGCUGUCCUAACGACGACAGCCAGUGCGGAUUUGAGAGCAUCUGUUACGAAUCUGCUGCGAUAACAGCCACACCGGAUAUCUUGUCCUCCUAUGAUCCAUUUGCCAUUUAUUGUACCGACUCAUCCUCUGCGUAUUGCGUCACUUGGUUUUACACGCAACUGGGCAUAAGUGACUAUGGAUGCGGAACCGAAAGUGUAUAUGAAACGGUCUUCACAGACGCGACAUUCACACCAACAGCAACUGGUGCUGAUCAAUACGUUAUGAUGGUUUCGAUCUCCUACGUUCCCGAUGACUUGCUAUCGACUUAUGCCCAUCUCGUCACUACUGUCAGUUCUGACCUUGGAAAAGUAACUACAUCUCUAGCGCCAUCGUCAACAACAACAACUACAACAACUAGCCUCACGCCUACUUCAGCUACAAACACACCACCACCCACGACCAGCGCUGCUUCGUCAUCUACUUCCUCGAAACCGGUUGGUGCCAUUGUCGGCGGAGUUGUCGGCGGAGUCGUCGGUCUCGCAGCUAUUGCCGGGGCCUGUUUCAUGUUCUGGCUUUGGAUGAAGAAGAGAAAGGAAAACGGCUCAGUGGAAAUGAACCCACCAAAUGCCAGCACACCUAGCGGCUAUCAGUCGGUGCCGCAGAAUCUGCAAAGCUCUCAGGGCUGGGACAACUCCACGGUGUCGGAAGCUGGUGGCUCCGAACUAAAGAACGGACCUGCAGAGUUCUAUGCGCCACCGCAACACUACGCUCCGGUUGAGAUAGAUUCGCGCAACCCUGUGAUAGAGUUGCCCGCGUCCAUCCCCCCCAGCCACCGAUGA